AUGGCAACCAGCGCCUUGCAGAUGGCUGGACUGGUGCUUGGUGGUGUUGGCAUGGUGGGCACGGUGGCCGCCACCAUCAUGCCUCAGUGGAGAGUGUCGGCCUUCAUUGGAAGCAACAUUGUGGUUUUUGAAAACAGGUGGGAAGGACUGUGGAUGAACUGCAUGAGGCAUGCUAACAUCAGGAUGCAGUGCAAGAUCUAUGACUCCCUGCUGGCUCUUUCUCCAGACCUCCAGGCGGCCAGGGGACUGAUGUGUGCGGCUUCGGUGCUGUCCUUCUUGGCUUUCAUGACAGCCAUCCUUGGCAUGAAGUGUACCCGGUGCACUGGGGACGAUGAGAAGGCAAAGGGCUACAUUCUGCUAACAGCUGGAAUCAUCUUCAUCAUCACAGGCAUCGUGGUGCUCGUCCCUGUGAGCUGGGUCGCCAAUUCCAUCAUCAGAGAUUUCUACAACCCCAUCGUGAAUGCUGCCCAAAAACGUGAGCUUGGAGAAGCCCUUUACAUAGGCUGGACCACAGCGCUGGUGCUGCUUGUCGGAGGGGCACUGUUUUGCUGUGUCUUUUGUUGCAGUGAAAAGAGCAGGAGCUAUAGAUAUUCCAUACCUUCCCAUCGCACGACCCAAAAAAGUUUUCACAUGAGCAAGAAAUCACCGAGCGUAUACUCCAGAAGUCAGUACGUGUAGUUGUGUAUGUUUUUACCUGUACCUGUAAAGUCAUGCAAAUAACUAAGAUGUCUACU